AUGAGGCAGGUUUCGGUGCUGAAGAAUGCUAGGGUGAAGAAGAAUGAUGGAGAGAAGGAAGAGUUUAUCCGUGAUGCUGAUAAUGGGCUGAGUUAUACGAAGAUGAAGAAAGUUGUUGAACGGGCACAUCCGAGAAUCUUAGUAGAUGGAAAAUUAGAAAAGUAUCCUAUCUGUAGGGCUAAGACUGGUUGACACCUGCCUUCUCAAAAAUAUAGAAAGUCAGAUCUUAAAGAAAUGGGUGUUGGAAUUUGACUUUAUUUUAAAUUUCUAAAAUAUCUGAUUUGAAUGUUUAUCGUUGCUACUAUAUUUGCAAUCCCAUCCAUAGUGUUCUUUAUCAGCGGAUCAGACGGUGAAUUCAAGACAAAUCCAUCAUUUGAGACAAUGCUAUCACUAACAACAAUAGGAAAUCUGGGUACAGUUACAGCUUCUUGCUCUAGUGCUGAUAACAAUACUCAAACAGUCAGCUUAUUUUGAACAUAUGGAACUCUUAUCAAUGUUCAAGAAGCUGGAACAAUAGACUCAAGAAAUAGUAACAGUAACUGUAAAUCAAAUGGAGCUUAUCUAGCCGUGAACUCAUCUUGAUCAUAUGCAGCUAGCACUCUUGGAGCAACUGCUAAUUCCGAAUUGGAUUCUUACUUUUUAAGUAACUGUCAAGGCAAGAAAAUAUGAGAUUUUGACUUAAGUCAGAUAACCUGGCCUUCCUCUUGCUCAAGUUCCAUCAAAUUCUAUUUGAAAGCAGCAUGUGAAUCAGAGAAAGUUCUGGGAACGGACAAAGAGACCAUUGGCUAUAUUGUAGUAUCAUUUGACAUCAUCAUUUGCUUCUUCUUAUGGAUAGCUUUACAGGUCCAUGGGAGCUAUGAAGACUUGGAAGAGAAAGAAAUAGAAGGAAUUGUCCUUGAUGGCGAAGACUUUACUAUCGAAGUUGCGAACAUACCUCCUCACAAAGACUACAGAGUCUUAAAAGUCCAAAUCUGGAGACAUAUAGAGAAGGUAUUAGAAGAUAGUCCAAAUUUGGCAGUUCUAGAUGAAGAUGAUCAAAAUGCUCACAAGAUUGCCCAACUGAAUGUUGCCUUGGAUAAAUACUUAAUCAUGUAUUAUUUCAAACAAAGACUUAAUUAUGAGAAGCAAGACAGGAUUCUUGCCUUAAGAGAAGGUCUCUUAAAAAUUGCUAAAUGUACUGAAGAGGUCAAGGAAAAGAAAAAGAAAGAAAUUCAAAGGAAAAGAGAGAAAGUUAAAAGAAAGCACGGUGAAAAUGAAGAGAAGAUUAAACAGUUGAGAAGUGAAAGUGAUAUAAAUGCAGUCAAAGUUUUCAUUACAAUGCAAAGCAUGGAGGGAAAAGAAAGAGUCAAGAAAGAGUUCCACCACCCAAGAUUAAGAAGAUGUUGAGGGUCAAAGUCUCAAGAAGCUAAGAAAAUUCAGGGGAAAUGGUUGACCAUUACAGAUGCUCCAAAGUCGUCUUUGAUCUUAUGGGAGAACUUAUCAGUCAGUAAAACUCAAAGAUGUGUCAGAUUCUCAUUGAUCACUGCAUUAAGUUUACUGAUCAUUCUUAUAUCUUUUGUUGUUAUGAUCUUUAUGAAGAGCGCUCAGAGAACAUUGAACAAUAACUAUAAUGUUUCAACUUGACCUUCAACUACAUUGACAUCAAUAGAAGCUUUGAAGGACUAUAACCGUGCUUCUAGAGAUAGAACUGGUUUCAUGCAUUGCUACUGACUUCAAGAAUAUAACAACAAAGGAGUUGGAGUUAGGAAUACUCUCUUUAGUGAUGGUGGAAAGUAUUGCGAUGCCUGGUAUACUGAAUUCGCACUCUCUACAUCACUUAUUUACAUUCUCUCAUUUGUAAUGGCAAAUAUAAAUGUUGCUGUUAAGGUAGUCUUAAGAAUCGCUUCUAAGUAUGAAAGAAGGCAUGACAAAACAGGUGAAGUGGUAUCAAACACUUUCAAAAUGUUCCUUGCACAAAUCUUCAAUACUGCUAUUCUGCUGCUUUUUGUAAACUUUAAGAUGGGAUUUAUGCCAUCUUGGUUCCCUCUCUUUGCUGGAGAUUAUGACGACUUUUCAAGUGAUUGGUACAACGAAGUUGGUACAGCAAUUAUCUUGACAAUGUUCUUGUCCAUCUUUGGUCCACAUCUAGCCAAUAGUGUAUUUCACCUGUUCUUUGCUCUGAAAAGACUUUUUGAUAGAGGUUGAAGGUGCAACAAGAGAAGAACCAAGAAACUAUUCCAAAUAGAUUAUGAGACUUUAUACAUCGGCCCUGAAUAUAUGAUGGAAUAUAGAUAUUCUCAGAUCCUCUCGAUGUUUUACAUUGCUGUGAUAUUCGGAGCAGGGAUGCCAAUCUUAUACUUCUUCCUUGUCCUUACAUUUACAUUAACUUAUUGGGUUGAUAAAUUCACAGUGUUAAGAAUUUACAGGAAGCCUCCGAGAGUUGGAAAAUCAUUAAUCAAAGUGACUAGAGAGUGGUUGAAUCUCUCGAUUAUCAUACAUUUCACCAUUUCUCUAUGGAUUUACAGUAAUUCUGCCAUUUUUGACACAGAUAGUCAAAAUUUAUUCGGAUGGGGCUCUACUAGUAAAGAAGCCAGAGAAAGAGAUCAGUAUUCUUGGUUAAAAAUCAACGAAACUUUGAACCAAUAUCACAUGUUCAUGUAUAUUUGUGCAUUUGGUUUAUUUAUCCUAUGCUUUAUCUUCAAAACAGUUGUGUUUAACUUUGUUAUAAAACUCUGCCUCAGCAUUUGAUCUUCGAACAAGAAUAAAGUCCAAGUAGAAGGAAAAGAUAUGAAAGAAAAAGAUGAAGCAUAUUCUAAUAAUUUCUUCGUAAACCUAGAGAAGGAGCAACUAGAAAGAAUUAUUGAGAAAACACAGGCAGAGAUCGAGGUCUACAGAGAUCUUAUUACUAACCCUGUAAAUUCAAAUACUUAUAGAGAUGUAAAGGAUGAUAUUGAGUGGUAUAUUAAUCGAAUGGAAAGAAUGAUCAAUGAAAUGCAAGAGGCCUUAAAGAACAAUAAUGACUCUCAUGGUCUUCAAGCUAUUGAUGAAGAGGCUGAUGAAAAUCCAGAUGAAGUACUCCCUAAUUUAGAAGCGCUUGCUAAGCAAAGACAGAAGAAACUGUAUGUACAAGAUCAUACCUAUGAUAUCAGAGAGAUCAGACCAUACUCUGAUUUCCUUGCUGAUGAAGAUUUAGUCAAAAGAGAAGAUAUUUAA